GCUCCAGCAAGCCCCAUACUGAAUUCGCCGUGCUACAUAUCACCUUGAUCGUGCCCAAGCUAGCUCCCAGCGGCGAUGCUGAUAAUGACCAGCGCAGCCGUCGAUGUCUUCUUUCCCCAGGAAGCGCACUGCUGUGGCCUGCAAUUACUGCCGCCAUAGAAAGCGACGAUGUGAUUCUAAGAAGCCGGUAUGCGGCCUGUGUGCCGAAUCUGGCAUCGACUGUGAGUAUCCAGAAGUGGGUAUCGCCGCCGACGAGACCCUCCAACAGCUUCUCAAUCGCCUCACCGACCUCGAGGCGCAGGUCAAGCAACAGUCAGUGUCGAUGGCUACGAGUCCACCGCCCAACCUCGAAUCCCGCUUCCAUGGCACUUCUCCAUUUCCGUAUGCCGCCCCAGACAUCUCGUCUCAUGUCCCGGCUGAGACACGGCUGGCAGCCACGAGUAGAUUGUUUAUUGCAGACACGCACGGAAAUCAUGGCACAGGACAUGCAUAUCCGCUGCCCGGCUCUCACUCCGAGGCCAGGGUGGUGGUCGAUGAUGAUGGCGAGGACGCCCACGAUGUCUCGCUGACCAUUCCCAUCGGCCACUGGACCACAACGGGCAGUUUGUUCCUGCUGCCCCAAGUCAAGAGUCUCAUAGGUGACUACCCAGACAAUUUCUUCCUCCAGCUCGAGUCUUCAAGGACCAUAUCUGUUCAGGACGCCGUCUUUAGGGACAUCACCGACAAUAGUCCGCUGCCCCAGCUCCAUGCAGAAAUUACUGACCCUCUGAUCAGCGCCUUCUUCGCCUAUGUUCACCCUGCAUUUCCGGUCUUGGACCGUGAUAUGUUCAUGCCGCUCUAUCAUCAAGUCCUCGAGCAAGGUCUUCGUGCUGAUGCAGAAAGCGCUUUAUGCUUAGUGCUACUCGCUCUAGGCAAGGUGGCUACCAACUCGCCUUACUGCCCUACCUCGGGAAACCACGACAGCGCCCAGGGGCUGGAGUACUUUGCCCCAGCAUACAGACUUGCAACGGCUCUAUGGGGUUUCUGUUAUGAGAAGGUUGAGGUUUCCGCUCUGACGCUCAUCCAUGCUGCUUUGUAUUUCCAGCACCUGAACCUGCCGCUUCAGGCCUGGAGAAUGGUCCAUCUAACCUCCGUGACGCUGCAAUCCUCGGUGGCAAGCUCGAUAACCAGCCGUUCCAAUCACGACACCUGUUCUCCCGCUGCCCGUCUGGUCUGGGCAUGUUUCAUCUUCGAGAGUGAUACCUUGGCAGAAUUUCACGUACCGCGUACUGGAAUUGAACUCCUCGUUGGCAAGAUGCAAUUCCCGAGCUUCAGUACGUAUACUGACCGCGAUGCGCUGCUCUUCCUGGCAGUGUGCUCCAUCCGCCGGCUCCUCAACCGGAUCCAUAGCACUCUCUACGUCAACAGCCAGCUCACACAGCCCAUUUCGUCUCCUCGUCUAUCUCGAGCGUCCGAGAGUCCGUCCGCUCUGGCGGGUAUAGUCACAGAAACCAAGUUUCAAAGCGUCUGCGCCGAGCUAGUACGGCAACUGAAGAGCUGGUACGAGUCUCUGCCAGAUGAAAUCAAGCCAGAUCUAGAUGACAAAACUCCUCGCGAUCUCCACGACGGGUGGCUUCGACUGCGGUAUUGGUCCGCCAUGCAUAUCAUUGGUCGCCCGUUUGUGAUCCAUGUGGUCAUGUCGCCCAACAGGUCCAGUUUUCCGCCUCAUGUCAUCGAAUACUGCAAGCUCAGCCUGGACAGUUGCCGAAGUUCCAUCGCUAUGGCAGGUCAUAUUCUUAGGCACCGGACUCAGUACACCUGGAUCAUCACACAUGCGCGCCUCAUACUCGAAACACUGACUCGAUGUAUCGCAGUUUACUAGCUUGCACCUUCAUGGUGACGCUGGCCUCCAUCACGCCAGCGCUACAGCCGCUGGUCCCGGACACCGCCGAAUUGUUGAGCCAAGUUGCCGUCGCCGUGAAACCGUGGGCAGUGGCUGACUCGAGUGCUGAAAUGAUAGCCUGGUUUGUUCAGCUAAUACGCCAGAAAUCGCGACUCUCAGCGCACAAUCGCGUCGAUCAACACACAUGAUAGCAACUCUGGUGUUAUAGAUAUCAAACAGGGGUGCCUACUCAGACACUUGAGCGAUAAGGUCUGCCCGUGGCUAUCCUACGUGCCAUGUAACAAGCCGAAUUCGCCGCGUAGAGAUCGAGCCAGGGGGGUUAGCAUUCUCACGUCACAUCCUCUCCUCAUCUUUGCAGCCGCGGUAAGAUGGGUCAGCGAGCAACUACCACAUGCUGGAACUUAUAUUCUGAGGUAUGCUUCCUGGUUGGACUCACCCUCAAGGCCCAAUGUAACGCAAGGUGGAAGUCAAGUGAUAACGUCACGGGAACCCAAUCCUGGCGGCCGCUAUUCGCAACGCUAUGUAGCUCCGUGUCAUAGCCAGAGAGCCACACAAUCCCGACAACGUGGCUGUUUCCUGAUGCAUCGGGCACUCUACUCGGCUACAAUUACCACAGACGUUGGGUCCUUUUACUAUGCUGCGUGGUGGAAGGCUGGAGCUAGCAAGACCUGUCAUUGGGCCUAUUUCCAUCUAAGUCUGCUUCUUGGGUACACCUGAAGCCUAGAACCGAUAAUCUACCUCUACUCCCUGUACG